AUGUCCACAACGAGAAUACUAACAAAAGACAUUGAUCCAUCGGAACUAAAUGAAUUAUUUUGUGAAAAUCAGAAAUCAUUUUACCUUUAUAUUGCAAAUUAUGCUGCUUCUGGUAGCAAUGAAAAUCAACAAGAUACGAAACCAUUGCGUCUUCAUCAAAUCGAAAAUCUGAUUGAUUGUAUUUUUUCACCAAAUAUGCAUUGGAGCUUUUAUAAUGCAGUACUGGAUACAGAUAUUUAUAAUACAAUGGAAAAGUAUCAUCGUAAUGACAAGGAUAAAAUAAUCAAACGAAUAUUAUCGUUAGCAUCUGAUUAUAAGUGUCCAAUGCGUGUACGAGUGAAGUCAACAGCCUUUGACACAGUAAAACUAUUGAAGCAUUAUGGCUUUUUUGAAUUACCACAAAUGAAUGAUGAAUUUCAAUAUUUUGAUUUUUACCAUAGUGAUAUUGUGUUAAAAUAUGAUGUCAAGUCCGAUGUAAAAAUAUAUGAACUAAAUGAUUCAACACAAACCGAUUGUCGAAUGAGAAAAUUUGAAUGGGGUUAUGUUUUAUGCGAAAGUUUCGGAUUUAGAAAUCCAGAAAUUUAUGGACCAUUUUAUGCGAAUGUAUGGAGUCGAGUCGAAGUCGGACCAACUAAACCAGUACGAAUGUUUAUUGCUGUGAAGAAUGAUCAAGUAAUUGGUGGAUGCCAUGUAAGUUUUGCUAAUGGCAUCGCUUGUUUAUUUAAUGUAACAACAUUGAAAAAUGAACGUGGAAAAGGCAUUGGCAAGGCAUUAUCGCAAGCAGCCAUGAUAAGUGCUCGAGAAUUGAAUUAUCGUUACAUGGCAUUGCAGGCAAGUAAAAUGGGCGCACCAAUAUACAAAAAAUUGAAUUUUAAAUCUAUUCCAUCAUAUAAAACAUUCGUUAAAAUUGCUACAGCUGCAUGGUAUUACAAAAUAAUCGAAAUACUACUCGUCAUGGUUGGUGUUCAGCGUUUACAACUAUUUAUAAAAAUUAUUCAAAACUAUCGAACAAUUUUCUAG